AUGGAUGAAAAGAAACCUGUGUUUCCCUCAGAUCAGGAGAUUCAAUAUAAAUUGCAAAAGAAAUUAGGUCCUGAGUUUGUAUCUAAGAGGAUCGGUUUCGGGAAGAAUAAGAUUGCAUAUGUCGAAGGUUGGAAAGUUAUUAAUUUAGCAAAUCAAAUUUUUGGUUAUAAUGGUUGGUCUACUGAUGUUAAAAGUGUCACAGUCGAUUUUCUUGAUGAAAAACAAGGAAGAUAUUCAAUUGGUUGUUCUGCCAUUAUUCGUGUAUCUCUAGCAAAUGGUUCAUAUAGAGAGGAUGUCGGAUACGGUACUUCCGAGAAUGAACGUAGAAAAGGUGUUGCGUUUGAAAAUGCUAAAAAGACUGCAGUUACUGAUGCACUGAAGAGAGCAAUGAGAUGUUACGGUAAUGCGCUAGGUAAUUGUUUCUAUGAUAAAGAUUUUCUAAGUAAGAUUGAUAAAAUGAAAUAUGAUCCACCUGAUAUUGAAGAAGCAAAUUUGUACCGAGCAUCUGAUGAGUAUUCAGAAAGAUCUAGGGCCCCUACAAAGGAAGUGCAUGACGAAAAUAUAGAUCUACCAAACAAGAGAAGACAACUAACUAAAGUAGAGCCAUCUAAUGGUCCGAACAGCACAAGUAUACCUAUACGAGUAAAUAACAAAGUGACUACAACCCCAUCUGUACCUGUCCCAACAAAGAAUAUACAUCCAGCAAAUCCUUCCAUAGGUAAUAAUCUAAAUCCUUCGAACACACCAAAUCCAAACCUUGAUCUCGAGCAUGAGGAUCUACUAGAUGAUUCUUUUACCAUGAGUGAUGAUUUUCAAGAUGACGAUCUGUUAAAUAUGAGUAACUCUCGUGUUGAAUCCAAUUUUGUUCCUAGAGAAAGUACGAAUGGUAAUAAUGUUAAUCCUGUUGCCUUUGUGACUGCAAAGGGAGCUAUUUCUGUUCAAAAGAACAGGGAUGCUAUUCCUUCUGAUAAUGUAUUUGAUCCUAAAUACCAAGCACAUUCAAUCAAACAUACUAUUGAUCAAACAACAUCAAAACAUAUACCUGUAGCUUCCGCAAAUCAAAAAAGGCCAAUAGAGUCAAGAGAUUCUGUUUAUGAGAAAUUUGCUGCAAAAGGCAAGCAAUUAGAAAAUACAGAAACCGUGUCGGCGAAAAUCUCGGAUACAACAGACAUAUCUCCUGAGACAUCUAUAACUUCUUCCAAUACCAUCGUAGAUACUAGUGUUUCAUCUGACCUCAGUAAACCUGCAACUGGAAAUAAUAACAAUAAUAUUCCCGAACAACAAAAACAAGGUGAAUCAAUGGCACCCAAGUUUGCCCCUCCCUCGAAGGUAGUUCAUCCUAAUAAUUACGUCCCUGUUCCAAAUCCAGUAAGAUCAUCUAGGCGAGAAGUAGGAAGACCAAAAGUCAAUCCACUUCAUCUGAAACGAACAAACCCUUAG